AUGCCGCUUUCUCGAUUGGUCUGGCUGGCGGACAGUUUAUAUCACGAGCAGAAAGACGAAGACAGGGAAGACCAUGAGUUCAAAGGGCCAGGCUCAGCAACGUGUGACAAGAACGCGCGCAAAAAGAGCUUGCAUCACUUGCAAUGCUCGACGGGUCAAAUGGCAUCUGGGGCGCAUUGCGAGAUUGGAGUGUCGAGGAGAGGGAAAUAUCCUCGAUAUGUCGUCAGCCCACAUCCAAAUGCAGCUCCUGCACACUCACAUGAGGUGGAAGCUAUCAGAAAUAUAGCAACUGCGCAGGAAGAUCCCUCAAUGACCAAGAGAGACAUACUUUCACCCGCAAGUCACAGCAGCCCAGCGUAUGCACCACCACCACCGCAGCAGGUACAGGUCAAAAGCGAACUGGAUCAGAUUGUCUUUUUCGGCGAGUCCAGUCCUCUGAACUGUGUCGUCGACGAAGGGAGCAAGCCUCUAGGAGCCGGUGGGUUGUCGGUAACCCAAAAGGCAAACAAGAUCCGAUGGCAGUAUCCAAUCCCUGAGGUUGUAUGUCGAAGGUCGGUCAGUUUCUCGCUCUUCGCCAGUCGCAGAGCACGGAAGAUCGAACAGUUGACGCGCGAGGGAGCAUUUGACUUACCCGAACCAUCCGUCUGCGAAAUGUUUUUGCGGGCCUAUUUCGAGUGGUUUCAUCCUUGCUUCCCCAUCGUUGACCGAGUGGAAGUCAGCAAGUCGUGCAACGACAAGACUAUAUCACCUCUGCUGCUGCAAUCUAUGCUCUUUAUUGGUGCCAGUCUUUGCAGUGACGAAGCACUCCGUAGUGCCGGGUUUUGGGACCGUUAUGAGACCAAGUUCCUCUUUUAUGACCGCGCCAAGGAGAUUUUCGAUGCGGAUUGUGAGACAGACUCGCUUUCGAAAUUGCAGGCUGUGUUUCUGUUGAGUUUUUGGCGUAGUACCCCCGGCCACGAGAAGGAUACGCGUUAUUGGUUGGGAGCAGCCAUUAGUCUUGCUCAGACCGGGGGCUUGCACAUGUUGUCAAAAUUAUCCCUUCUGAGUUCCAAGGAGAAGAGUGUGCGAAAACGGAUCUUCUGGUCUCUUUAUAUACGCGACCAGCAAGUUGCUGCCGCCUACGGUCUGCCACCUCGAAUACGGGACGAGGACUGUGACAUCCCAAUGCUUGACGAGACAGAUUUUGACGAAGCAGGGUUCGUUGGGAAUAGGGCCAUAUUCGGAACACAGAAACCGGAGCAUACUUUAUAUAUAAUUCAGAUGGCGAGGGCAUCAAGGUUGCUUCGCGAGGUAGUAUGGGCAGCAUAUCUACCCGGCAGACUUCGAUACGAUCCAUCCGAACGCGAAAAGCUGAAAGCACGAUUGGUGCAAUGGGAGUCGGAAUUGCCACCAGAACUCAAACUUUCGGAGGCAGCGGAGCAUGAUACUAUGUACUUUGCGGGGAUUGUCAACAUCACUUAUAAUUAUCUAUAUAUACUACUCUACCGGCCGUCCUACCUCGAUCCGUCCGACGAACAAAGGAAAAAGGAAGGAAAAUUAGCCCUUCAAGCUGCAUGUCAAUGCACGCGGAUUCUCGAGGACAUGCUAUCACAAAAUUUAAUUGAGCACGGCAUUGUGCAUAUAAUUACAAACAUAUUCGCCGCCCUCUGUAUCCACACAGUGCAAUUCUCGCGCUCGGAAGGGACAGAACGUAAACUUGCCGAACACCGGGCUAAACUUUGCUUGCUUGGACUCAAAGAGCUGCAGAAAUCCUGGGAUUUGAAUUACUGGGUCUUGGAGAUUUUCUUUCAUUGCCUCGACGAGAGCACAGCGGAGUACUUGCAGUUGUCGGAAGAGAAGAAUAACCAUAGCAUACGCAGCAGCAGCAAUAAGACCGGCACUGGUACCACUAAUUUUGCCAUCACAAACCCCAACAUAAAUGCCAACACGAACGUCGAAACGAUUGCAAGCGAUGCCACAACGCCAUCGAGGCAGGUCCAGCGCAAUAUCGCCUUGUUUCCUGAUACAAUCAAACCAGGUUCUUCAUCUAUGAUCGCUGAAGAACAACAACCGCCCCCGUCGCCGCCACCACCGCAACAGCAGCAGCACGAAGAGGAACGACAGGGGUCGCAACAAGAAGUACUAAAUGAGGAACGGCCACAGGCCUGGUCUGACAUGACACUGUUAUCAUUACCCAGCAACGAAGUCGACAUCGACCUAUCAGAGCCGUACUUGUUUGAUGAGGAGUUUGCGCGGAACUUUGGCUCGUGCACGCCACGGUUAGACGCACUUAAUUCGUCAAACCUAGACUUCCUGUAUCGAUAUCUAUGA